UGAUUAGAUCGGAGAUCUCAUUAUCAUCUUGAAUCAGGAAGGAGACUUUAUAUUGUGCCGCCAUGAACACCAUAAUGUUCAGUAAGCUCAGCGGUCAAGUGCUGUUUGAAGAAGCCACAGGUGACCGAGAACGAGGCGUCCGACCGUAUGUAGGGGUAAUAGAGAGCACCAACCCUGACAUAAGCUUACAUGAUGGCGUCUCCAUUAAGGACAAUGCCAGCCUUAGACACCGGCGCCCCGGCAGCUCUAGAGGGAGCAGUGGAAAAGUGAGACACAAACGGCAGGCGCUGCAAGACAUGGCACGACCAUUAAAGCAGUGGCUGUACAAGCACCGGGACAACCCAUAUCCAACCAAGACUGAGAAAAUCCUACUAGCACUUGGGUCACAGAUGACUCUGGUUCAGGUGUCAAACUGGUUUGCAAACGCAAGACGUCGCCUCAAAAACACUGUGAGACAACCAGAUCUGAGCUGGGCAUUGCGGAUAAAGUUAUAUAACAAAUAUGUACAAGGGAAUGCUGAGCGGUUAAGUAUCAGCAGUGAAGAGUCCUGUUCCGAAGAUGGAGAAAAUGCACCAAGGAGUCACGCUAAUGAGGAAAGCUACAACAAACCCAUCCACCAUACUGUGAUUAACAACGAGAGCUCAGUCAUCAAGUCAGGUAUAAGAGCAGAAGCUAGUACCAAUGAAGACUAUGUAUCCCCUCCAAAAUACAAGAGCAGUUUAUUGCAUCGCUAUCUCAAUGACUCCUUACGACACGUCAUGGCCACUAACGCCGCCAUGAGGGAAAAGACGAGGCAGAGAAACCACUCAGGGUCAUUUAGUUCCAAUGAGUUUGAGGAAGAGCUUGUGUCCCCUUCGUCAUCGGAAACUGAAGGCAACUUCAUCUACCGAACAGAUACUGUGGAAUCAGGACCAAGCAAGUGCCAAAGUGCAGUUAAUAAAAGAGGAGCCAGCAAGGAGGAGACCUACUGGCGAGAAAUCAACGCAGCGAUGGCUCUCACAAACCUCGCACAAGGAAAGGACAAGCUUCAGGGGACAACCAGCUGCAUCAUCCAGAAAUCCUCACACAUAUCAGAAGUGAAGACUGUCAAAGUGCCACUAAUUCAGCAAUAUCAAUGACUCUGACUUGUCUGCACACCAAGAACUGAACACUCUGGGCUAGUCACUGCUACAAGCAUGUUUUGCCUUAGAACUUUAAUGGACUGUUCUGACCAGCCCUGCGAGACUUGGAACAGCAAGCUCCAAUGGACAUGUACAUUUUGUUGUCUUACGUUAAAAAAAAAAAUCAAAAUACUAACUUAUUUUAUGCCACGGGAGCAUAAAUAUUCUGCUUUCAAGUAAAUUUGUUUGCCUUGCUAUUACCAUAUGUGCCUUGCAGAAAUAAGCUAGAACGUGGGCAUAAUGUAACAUAUUUAUGCCUUAAAUUAUGAAUGCCAUAAUGCUUUGUCUUCUUGUAUUUAAUCUUGGACUUCUUGCCGUCGGGUUAAAGUAAAAACUACCUGAAUGCAAAGUGAACUUAUCAUGAUUUUUUUGCUGAAAAAGGGAAUAGUGCACAGCAUUGUACUGACUGAUGUUUUUGUAAAGACUGGGGUAUAUCGAUGACCAGCUUAAAAAAUACAAAG